AUGAAGCUCUUCCACAUUUCUACAUAUGCACAAUCUUUCUACCAGAAGAUCCAAAAGCAACUUUUCAGCAAAAUAUCAACCCGAAUCCGCUACUCCAAAAAUGGGUCGAAGUCGGACACUUUAUACAAAAGAAUUUCGCCACUGGGUGAGCCAAAUGUCUCAGUAGAGCCAGUACUUGACCAGUGGAUCAGAGAAGGAAAUAUUGUUAAGAAAACAGAACUUCAGAACAUUAUUAAUGAAUUGAGAGUCUACAAAAGAUUCAAACAUGCCCUCCAGGUGUCUUGCUGGAUGACCGAUAAGAGGCAUUUUCGCACAUCCCAUUUUGAUGCUGCUGUUCGACUGAAAUUGAUUUUCAAAGUUUACGGCUUAGAACACGCAGAGAAGUUCUUCAAUGAGAUCCAAGAAAACUUGAAAACUUUUGAUGUUUAUCUUGCUCUUCUUACCUGUUAUGCCAACGCUAGAUCCGUGGAUAAGGCAGAAGCUAUUAUGCAGAAAGCUAGAGAUUUGGGGUAUGCUAGUAAACCAUUAUGGUACAAUCUUAUGAUGAAUCUUCAUUAUCAUUUGGGAAAUAUAGAAAAGCUUGAUGAUCUGAUGAAUGAAAUGAAAUCUAAAGGCGUUGAUCAUGACCACUUCACGCUUGCUGUCCGCCUAAGUGCAUAUGCUGCAGCUUCGGAUCCUGAUGGAAUUGAUAAAACUGUACGGAUUUUGGAAUCUGAUCCUCGCAUCUUUCUUGAUUGGAAGACUUAUGUUAUUGCAGCAGAGGGAUACUUGAGACUGGGCUUAGUGGACAAAGCUUUGGCAAUACUGCAAAAAUUGGAGAGGAAGUUGGCAACCACAAAGCAAAAGAAUAUUUUAUUUUUUUUCCUCCUCAAACUCUAUGGGGAAACCGGGAAGAAAGAUGAGUUGUACCGAAUCUGGAACCUGUACAAGCAAAAUGAAAAGGUCAUCAAUAAGGUUUAUAUAAGCAUGAUGCGCUCAUUGAUGAAGUUUAAUGACAUUGAAGGACUUGAGAAGAUUUUUAGUGAGUGGGAAUUGAGUGGAUUAUCCUAUGAUUUUCGGAUCUCAAAUUUCUUGAUCGAUGCAUAUUGCAGAAAUGGUCUUCUAAUGAAGGCGGAAGACAUUAUAAACAGUGGGUUGUCUAAAGGGGGCAAUCCUCUUGUAAUUACAUGGUGUCUUUUAGCAGCUGGUUACCUCAAGGAAAAUCAAGUCCCUGACGCCAUGGAAGCAUUGAGGAAGGCAAUCUCGAUAAGUUUUGCAAAAUCUAAUCCUAGCAAAGAUUCCUUGACCGCUUGUCUGGAAUAUUUGGAUGACAGUAAAUAUUUGAAAAAAGUAGAGGAAUUCACGAGGUUGCUAAGGGUAGAGAAUAUUCCUUCAGGAGCUGUUUUUGACAAAUUAUUUUGUUUUAUCAAGGAUGGGACAUUACAACCCUUUCCACAAGAUGAAAGGAAUGGUGAGUAUGGGACAGAAGACUAG